AUGGUGCAGAAUCUUAGUUCAAGUGUUAACACACUCUACACAAUUCUCUUGUACAGACUGCGUAGUGAAGGACCAGCCGUCCACGACCUGGGGCCCAACAAGAGCACGGCCAUCCACGACAGGGGGCCCGACAACAGGCCAGCAAUCCACAACUUGGGGCCCAACUACAGGCCAGCCUUCCACAACUUGGGACCCAACUACAGCCCGACCAUCCACAACUUGGGGCCCAACAACAGUCUGGCCAUCCACCACCUGGGGCCCUACAACAGGACGACCAUCCACAACCUGGGAUCCAACAUCAGGCCAGCCAUCCACUACCUGGGGCCCAACUACAAGCCAGCCAUCCUCAACUUGGCGCCCAACAUCUGGUCAGCCAUCCUCAACCUGGGGCCCAACUACAGGACAACCAUCUACAACCUGGGGCCCUACAACAGGACGACCAUCCACAACCUGGGGCCCAACAACUGGUCAGCCAUCCACAACCUGGGGCCCAACUACAGGCCAGCCAUCCACAACUUGGGGCCCAACAACAGGCCAGCCAUCCACAACCUGGGGCCCAACUACAGGCCAGCCAUCUACAACUUGGGCCCCAACUACAGGCCAGUCUUCCACAACCUGGGGCCCAACUACAGGCCGACCAACCACAACUUGGGGCCCAACAACAGUCUGGCCAUCCACCAACUGGGGUCCUACAACAGGACGACCAUCCACAACCUGGGGUCCCACAACAGGCCAGCCAUCCACUACCUGGGGUCCAACUACAAGCCAGCCAUCCUCAACUUGGGGCCCAACAUCUGGUCAGCCAUCCUCAACCUGGGGCCCAACAACAGGCCAGCCAUCCACAACCUGGGGCCCAACUACAGGCCAACCAUCCACAACUUGGGGCCCGACAACAGUCUGGCCAUCCACCACCUGGGGCCCUACAACAGGACAACCAUCCACUACCUGGGGCCCAACAACAGGCCAGCCAUCCACAACCUGGGGCCCAACUACAGGACAACCAUCUACAACCUGGGGCCCUACAACAGGACGACCAUCCACAACCUGGGGCCCAACAACUGGCCAACCAUCCACAACCUGGGGCCCAACUACAGGCCAGCCUUCCACCACCGGGGGUCCAACAACAGGCCAGCCAUCCACUACCUGGGGUCCAACUACAAGCCAGCCAUCCUCAACUUGGGGCCCAACAUCUGGUCAGCCAUCCUCAACCUGGGGCCCAACAACAGGCCAGCCAUCCACAACCUGGGGCCCAACUACAGGCCGACCAUCCACAACUUGGGGCCCAACAACAGUCCGGCCAUCCACCACCUGGGGCCCUACAACAGGACAACCAUCCACAACCUGGGGCCCAACAACAGGUCAGCCAUCCACUACCUGGGGCCCAACUACAGGACAACCAUCUACAACCUGGAGCCCUACAACAGGACGACCAUCCACAACCUGGGGACCAACUACAGGCCAGCCAUCCAAAACCUGGGAACCUACCACUAGCCGACCAUCCACAACUUGGGGUCCAGUGGCAGCCAAAGCUGCCUGAAGCUGCGGUUUUACGAUGAAGCCACUGGCUGUACAAUUCGAAAUCUUAUUUUCAAUCAGAAUGAUUUGUCACUUUAGGAUUCAUAAAACGUUUCAGCUAUUCAGGGAUUAAAUAGGUGUUUCUCGUUGAA